AUGCCGGGGAUUUGGGCACAGCUACUACCAAAUCGUGGCUAUGACAUACGUAUCCAUAUAUUUGAUUUCCGUGUUGAUGAUUCGGAGAUAAUAUUGUCCAAUGCCUUCAAACUGGAACAGGAAUUGGAUCGCAGUUACGUAUCGGGUUAUUUGAUGUUUAGUCAGCAGUUAGAGCCCAUAAAUAUGGUCGCCGUUCUCAAUGUUACACGAUCACAUAUGCCGAGCUUACGCAUGUUUAAUACGCAGAUCGAUGCUUGUCGCAUGUUGAAUAAUGGCUAUAAAAACAAAUUUGUUAAACAAAUUUACAACACGUUCUUCACCUUUGUCAAUACACGACCGAAAUGUCCACUUAAGGCGAAUUUCAAUUAUACACUUACACGUGCCUAUGUGGACGAAAAGUUAUUCCCAGACUUUUUGCCCGACUGUAACAUCAGCAUCUCUUUGCAGUUCGAGCACAAGUCAAAGUCUCUGGCGCUUUUGAAUAUUUCGGGUCGACUCCGAAGCCUUGGCAAAUCGGGCAAGGAGGUCCACAAGUCGUAA